AUGCGCAGAGGAGGAAGACAACGUCGAGAGGCUGAAGGCGAGGGACAUCAGGAAGCUGCACGGGAGGCUGGUCCGCAGCACCCGGGAUUUCUCGGAGGACCGGGCGAUACUUCUCUUUUGACUAGGUAUCAGGACCAUGUUGUCCGCCAUUUAUGGUUCGGCGAGGAGAGACGACCAAAGACAACCUUAAAGGUUGUUGCACAUGGCAGUAAAUUAAUAGGAUGGAUUCUGCAUCAUCUCCCAAGGGCGAUGAAUGAUUGGUUAGUUGCCUCUGGCCUGUCAUCUCUGCCGUGUACUAGUUUGGCGAGAGUAGAUACGCAUCUUAUAUAUGCUUUUGUUGAGAGAUGGCAUCCUGAAACAUCGUCAUUUCAUAUGUUGUUCGGCGAGAUGACCAUUACGCUAGAUGAUGUUUCGUGUCUUCUUCAUUUAUCUAUUCAGGGUGAGUUGGUUGACCCCGAUUAUGUUGUCACUGAUUAUGAUGCUAUUCAUCUUGCUGUUGAGUUGUUUGGUGUUUCACUGAGUGAUGCAUCUGAGGAGGCUUCUUCCGUAAGGGGUCCUUAUUAUAAGUUAGAUUGGUUGAAGCAAGUAUUUGAGCAACAAAGAGUUGCUGAUAACUUUACCGGUGCUGCCAGAGCCUACAUGAUGUUGAUGUUAGGUUGUACUAUUCUUGCCGACAAGACUUUUACUCUUGUCGAGGCAAAAUAUUUACCAUGUUGA